AGCCGCGUCCAGCCCGCGAGUCCGAGAGCCGUCUCUCCAUUGGCCAACGCGCUGUACAAAUCACACACGGGCAAGUCCGCCUGAAGACCGGCCAAUUAUAACUGUACGCACUUUAAGCUCCCUAAACGAUUUCGUCUGCUAUCCGUUUAAGUCGAGCAGCUGAAGCUUUUAAGUUCCACGUUUCUCGUUUUUAGUGUACUGUUUUGGUUUGUAUAAAAAUAUUUCACCAUAAUUAGUACCGUAACAUUCGGAUGUGGCCUGAAUUAUCGGACAUAUUUUGCAAUUUGCAGAUAAGAUCAAACUGAAGAUCUCCAGGUUUGCUAACGACCUCGGACCAAAAGAGGCGCGAGAGAAGAACCUCCCUUCAAUAUUUGCUCCAACUUUAUUUCCGCGACCAACUUUAGCAUGAUGUCGUAUCUUAAGCAACCGCCUUACCCGGUUAACGGGCUGAGUUUAACCACGUCCGGCAUGGACCUGCUGCAUCCGUCUGUGGGAUAUCCAGCUACUCCUCGAAAGCAGCGUCGGGAGAGAACAACGUUCACUCGGGCUCAGCUAGACGUGCUCGAGGCGCUGUUCGCUAAAACGCGCUACCCGGAUAUCUUCAUGCGCGAGGAGGUGGCCUUGAAAAUCAACUUGCCGGAGUCUCGUGUACAGGUUUGGUUCAAAAAUCGGCGCGCAAAAUGCAGACAGCAACAACAGCAGCAACAAAACGGAGGCCAGAACAAAGUGCGCCCGGCCAAGAAGAAGAGCUCACCGGCGCGGGAGGCGAGCUCAGAAAGUGGCGCUAGUGGUCAGUUCACGCCGCCCUCUAGUACUUCAGUGCCGGCUAUAUCCAGCACGGCGGCGCCUGUGUCUAUCUGGAGCCCGGCGUCCAUCUCGCCGCUUUCGGAAGUGCUCUCCACCUCUUCGUCUUCGUCAUGCAUGCAGCGCUCUUACCCGAUGACCUACACGCAGGCGACAUCCGGUUACGGUCAAGGCUACGCGGGCUCAGCGUCUUACUUUGGGGGCAUGGAGUGCGGUUCAUACCUGGCGCCCAUGCACCACCAGCUGUCGGCGCCAGCAGCCUCCGCUCUCAGCCCCAUGAGCACCAGCGCCGUCACCAGCCACCUGAAUCAACCGUCCACUCAGGGCUACGGCGCCUCGGGCCUCGGCUUCAACUCCACUGCGGCAGACUGCCUGGACUACAAAGAUCAAACAUCCUCUUGGAAGCUCAACUUCAACGCCGACUGCUUGGAUUACAAAGAUCAGACUUCCUCCUGGAAGUUUCAGGUGUUGUGAGAGCAGCAAGCGAGUUGUUUUUCAACAAAAAAAAUAAAAUAAAAUUUAAAGACUAGACAAGACGCAUACCUGCCAUCCUUCAAAAAUCUGACAAACAAAUUUGGCGAGGUGGAUGACUUGCGCUGCGCCUGCCUCGAGUUAGCCAGUCCUGUUCCUCAGUAACAAAGUCAAUUAUAUAAAUGGCCCCGGAGUCACAUACAAACGCAUACACGAGCUAUAUGACCACAAGCUGUUAUUUAAGAAAAGAAAAAAAAAGAACCCAUGUGAACUUGUAAUAAGUUAGAUCACAGCCAUGGAACAAAUCCUUACCCAUGAAAAGAGGAGUUGAAAAACACUACAUGUUAAAAGAAGACAGUUUAUAAGUAAAGUGUACGGAAUAGGCAGGCAUCUGCAUCCAAAACCUCUUACAGCACGCCGACUUAUGUCCAUGGUGGCAAAACGAGAGACACUUCCAUCAGGACGAUGUGAACAGCAGAGAGAAUGCGUGUUUGCGUUUGUGUGUGAGCGAGAUUGUGUGUGCUGAACGCCCCCAGGGCGACCUGGAUGCACUACUUUAUUUAAGAAAAAGUGUUUAUAAGGAAUCAAUAUGUAGUUUUUAAGAGACAAUCAAUGUGUGUCUUAUAUAAAUGGUACAUGUGUUUUUUUUAAUCUGUGCUAGCCUUCGAAACUGUGAUCUGUUGUAAUUGUAUGCAAUUUGUGAGCUCCCUCGCAACCGUGAAAACUCGGCUGUGAUUUUAAUAGAUUUUUCACUUUGUUCCUUUGAAGAAAAAAUACGAAAUGAUAUUAGCCACAUAUGAACUUAAUCUGUGCGAAAAUUCAAGCCGGUAUAAUUUGUUGAAUGCUCAAAAAAGGGUUUUUCCUUCCGCUGAUCACCUUUUAGUCACUUAGUGACCUAUUGUCGAAAAUUUUCAACCAUUGCAAACAACAUUAAUAAACGAUUUCACAAUUGAAUCAACAUUAAAAGGCAUUCAGUUUGGCUGAAGGAGCAUGUAAAAUAAAUGAGUAAAUGUA